AAACAAUAACAAAUACUGGGGCCGAGGGGCGGAACUACGAGUGCGCAGCCUUGGGCUGGAACCUGCGUCCCCUUCCCAGUUCAUUGUAAAAGGAAGAGAUGAAUUUACGUGUGGAUCGCGUUGAAGAAGUGCAAAAUGUCCUUAAUGCUAUGCAGAAAAUCUUAGAGUGUCCAAUCUGUCUGGAGUUAAUCAAAGAGCCUGUUUCCACAAAGUGUGACCACAUAUUUUGCAAAUUUUGUAUGCUGAAACUUCUCAACCAGAAGAAAGGGCCUUCACAGUGUCCUUUGUGCAAGAAUGAUAUAACCAAAAGAAGCCUACAAGAAAGUACAAGAUUUAGUCAACUUGUUGAAGAGCUGUUGAAAAUCAUUCAUGCUUUUGAGCUUGACACAGGAUUGCAAUUUGCAAAUACUUAUAACUUUUCAAAAAAGGGGAAUAACUCUCCUGAGUGUCUAAAGGAGGAAGUGUCUAUCAUCCAAAGUUUGGGUUACCGAAACCGCACCCUAAGACUUCAACAGAAUGAACCUGAAAAUCCUACCUUGGAAACCAGUCUUGGUGUCCAACUCUCUAACCUUGAAAUUGUGAAAUCACUGAGGACAAAGCAGCAGGUUCAAUCUCAGAAUAAGUCUGUCUACAUUGAAUUGGGAUCUGAUUCUUCUGAAGAUACAGUUAAUAAGGCAAGUUGUUACAGUAUGGGAGAUCACGAAUUGUUACAAAUCACCCCUCAAGGAGCCAGGGCUGAAGCCAGUUUGAGUUCCGCAAAAAACGCUACUUGUGAGUUUUCUGAGGAUAUAACAAAUAUUGAACAUUAUCAGCCUGGUAAUAAAGAUUUGACCAUCACUGAGAAGAAGCAUGCAACUGAGAAGCUUCCAGAAAAGUAUCAGGAUGAAGCAGCAUCUGAGUAUGAGAGUGAAACAAGCCUCUCUGAAGACUGUUCAGGGCUGUCCUCUCAGAGCGAUAUUUUAACCACUCAGCAGAGAGAUACCAUGCAAGAUAACCUGAUAAAGAUCAAGCAGGAAAUGGACCACCUGGAAGCUGUGUUGGAGCAGCAGGAGAGCCAGCUUUCCAACAGGUCCCCUUCCCUCAUAGCUGAUUCUUGUGCCUCUGAGGACCCACUAGAUCUGGAACAAAACACAUCAGAAAAAGCACUACCAUCAGAGAAAAGUAGUGAAUAUCCUAUAAGUCAGAAUCCAGAAAGCUUUUCUUCAGACAAGCUUCAAGAGUCUCUGGAUAAUUCCACCAGUAAAAAUAAAGAAACAGGAGUGGAAGGGUCUUCUCCUUCUAAAUCCCAGUCCUUAGAUGAUAACUGGUAUAUGCACAGCUACUCACAGAGUCUUCAAAACAGAAGCUGCCCAUCUCAAAAGGAGCUCAUCAAAGGUAUUGAUAUAGAAGAGCAACAGCUGACCAAGUCUGAGGCCCAAGAUUUAAUGGAGCAGUCUUAUUUGUCAAGACAAGAUCUAGAGGGGACUCCUUCCCUAGAAUCUGGAAUCAGACUCUUUGAUGACCCAGAGUCUGAUUCCUGUGAAGACAGAGCCCUAGAGCCAGUUCAUGUUUCCAGUAUACCAACUUCAACCCCUCCAUUGAAAUUACCCCAAUUUCAAGUUGAAGAAUCUGCCAAGAGUCCAGAUGCGGCUCAAACUACUAGUACUGCUGGGUGUAAUGUGGGGGAAGAAAGUGUGAGCAGGGAGAAGCCAGAAGUGAUAUCUUCAACAAAAACAGUCAACAAAAGAAUAUCUAUGGUCGCAUCAGGCCUGACCCCAAAAGAAUUUAUGCUUGUGCACAAGUUUGCCAGAAAACACCACAUCACUUUAACGAACCUGAUUACUGAAGAGACUACUCAUGUCAUUAUGAAAACAGAUGCUGAGUUUGUUUGUGAACGGACACUGAAAUAUUUUCUGGGAAUUGCAGGAGGAAAAUGGGUAGUUAGCUAUUUCUGGGUGACCCAGUCUAUUAAAGAAAGAAAGAUUCUAGAUGAGCGUGAUUUUGAAGUCAGAGGAGAUGUUGUCAAUGGAAGGAACCAUGAAGGUCCAAAGCGAGCAAGAGAAUCCCAGGACAGAAAGAUCUUCAGGGGCCUAGAAAUCUGUUGCUAUGGGCCCUUUGCCAACAUGCCCACAGAUCAGCUAGAGUGGAUGGUGCAGCUUUGUGGGGCUUCUGUGGUGAAGGAGCCUUCAGCGUUCACCCUCAGCGAGGGCACUCACCCGAUUGUGGUCAUGCAGCCAGAGGCCUGGACAGAGGACAGCGGCUCCCAUGUGAUUGGGCAGAUGGGUGAGACACCGGUGGUGACCCGAGAGUGGGUAUUGGACAGCGUAGCCCUCUACCAGUGCCAGGAGCUGGACGCCUACCUGAUCGCCCAGGUCCCCAGAGCUGCUGCUGAUUCCCACCAACCAUGUGUAUAG